ACAACCUGGGGCUUCCAUGUAAAUCGGAACCGUCUCGACUCUCGAGUCCAGAUUCCUUCCUGCAAUGGCGGCGCCCGCCUCAUCCGCCUCCUCCGGUAGCGGCGGCGGCGACCCAUUCGCGGCGGCGGAGGCUGUGACUACGGCGAGCGCUACUGCUUGUGCUUGCCCCAUCUGCCUCGAAGCUUUCAAGGACGAGGCCUACCUCGACACCUGCUUCCAUUCUUUUUGCUACAAGUGCAUAUGCCAGUGGGUAAAGAUAGUAGCGAGCAAGCAUGUGGAACCUUUGUCAUCAGUUAGAUGUCCCCUUUGCAAGACUGAAAAUCUAUCUGUUAUACAUGCUUUUGAUGGUGAAUCAUUUGAGCGGUGGUACAUAAAUCAGGAACCUAGGAAGAGGCGUCUUUCAGAUGCACACGAGUUGGUAUUGCAUUUUUAUAACAUGGAAGAGAUUACAAGCGAUAUCUCCAGCAUGCAGCAAUACUGGAAGCAACACAAAUAUCUCCGAAAGAAAAUUUGGCUUGAAACCUGGUUGAGACGGGAAAUUCAGGCCCUUAUUCGGGAUGAGAAUGUUGAGGCCAUCGUUUACCACAUUCAUGGUGUGAUCGAAUCUUUCAUGAAAAGGCAUGAAAAAGAUCACACUUCAAGGAAGAUUUCACCGGAGGAGAGGAGGGAGGAGUUCAAGAGUUUGCUCUCUGAUGCUGCUAGGCCGUUCCUCCUUGGCCGAACGGAGCGAUUUGUGACCGAGUCUUGAUCGAUAUGCUGAUGAAGAGGCAAAUAAGCUGGACAUAUGGAUGUGGCAGUAGGAACUUGCUUUCUGAACAAGAAAUAAACAGGCAGAGGACAGGCCUUCUCGACUGUGUUUAGGGGGGGGGGGGGUAAAAAAGGGAGACAGAAUACAGUAAAGUUGUGUUUUAGAGAUCAUAUUGAUGUUCAAAACAAGUAUUUGUGACAAGCAGGGGCGAAGCUGUCUUAGGGCUUGUUUGUUUAAUUGGUUUGAAGCUUU